AAGACGCCCAAACUCCCCGGAAUUUACUCGAACGCCGGAGCUCCCAAAACCCUCCUUCCCCGCCCCCGCUCCCCCUACCGCCGGCGAUCUCCUCUUCCUCGGACGAGAUGGAUCUCUCCGCCAUACACGCCGCGCUCUCCGCGAAGUCCUACUCCACCCUCGGCCCUCUCUGCGACGACCUCCUCCUCCAGGUCGCAUCCCGGGGCGCCGCCACCGACGACUGGCCCUACGCCGUCCACCUCCUCGCCCACCUUUAUCUCAACGACCUGAACAGUGCGAGGUUUCUGUGGAAGACGGUGCCACAGGAGGUGAAGGACGCCCGUCCGGAGCUCGCUGCUAUCUGGAAGAUUGGCCAGUGCCUCUGGAACCGUGACUAUGCCGGUGUCUACACGACUGCACAUGAGUUCGAGUGGUCCCCUGAAAUCGCUGAUUUUGUGGCCGGCUUCCUAGAAAGCUACAGAAAGAGGAUAUUCGAGCUGCUGACUUCUGCGUAUUCCACAAUCAUCGUUGCAGAUGUGUCUCACUUCAUGGGCAUGAGUGAGGAGGAUGCUACUAACUAUGCCGUGCAAAAUGGUUGGAGUCUGGAUGCGGCAACCAAGAUGCUUACUGUCAGAAAGCAAAAGGCACAGACGAACCAGAAGCUUGAUGCAAGCAAACUGCAGCGUUUAACUGAAUGUGUUUUCCAUUUGGAGCACUGAUGUAACUCCAGUGCUUGCAUUCCUUUUCUACUUUUACCCUUAAGGAACCUAUUAAUCUUAAAUGGUGACAUGAUACCGUACGUGUAGAUUGAAAUUUGGCUGGAAAGGCAGCGGUCAGUACUGAAUCAGCGCAUGCAAGUGUUUACUCGUUAGUGAGCUUACAAUUCUGUUUUGCAUGUGUUGCAUGUUAAUAUGGCAGUCGGUCCAACCUGAUUUGAAUGAUGUCGUUUUUAGUUUGAA